AGGUAUGCGACCUCGGCGACCUUCAAUGGACAGUGAAACAUCAAGUGAUUCGUGGUCUGUUAUACAGAAAAAUGUUGAGGCGCAUGAACACUCUAGCGAUGAUAUAGAAUUUGAACCAUCAGAUUCGGAAGAAUGGGACAGUGACAGUGAUCAAGAGACGGAUUUCUGUGAAAGAAAUGAAGAUGAAGGAAAUAAUUCCAUUGAGGUAUACGAUGAAUCGCAAGGGAUCGAAGAUGACAGCGGUGAUUGCGAGAUUGUCAGCGAUGAGGAGAUCAUGGAAACGAGUGGUUACCGUUACUUCGUACCUACGGAUAAAGUUACCAAAACAUUGGAUAUGCUUGAUGCCGAAUGCUACUCGAAUUUUGACGCCUUAAUUCGGCUUGUGGUUCCCUCGACAAGAGACGCAACUCGUGCCGCUGUGCUUGCAUUUUUCGCGCUGUCAACGACGCUUCUGUUCUUGACGAACCCAAAUCUGCCUGAGAUGGAUGUGGAUCGCUCGAAUGAGGUUUUUGCUUCCGGCCUGCAGAGCCGGGAGGACUUUGGACGAGCUGACACUCCACUCAUGCGUCGACGUCGUUAUAAUUUCACUGAAAAGUUUUUAUGUAGAGGCUGGCAGGUGCCUUCCUUGUCUACAACACCACCAUCAUGGCUCAAGAUGGAUCCGAUCGGACUCCCUCCACUUUUUCCUCCCACUAAUGCCAAUUUGACGCCUGCUAUCGAGAUCAGUGAAGCAGCGUUCUUCUCUCGUCCAACGAUGGUGGUCUCUUCAAUCUCGAUUUCUUCUAAGCCUCGGAACGUGUGUCGCCACGAGGACGACGCAAUGCGUCGGCGUCGUCGUGGACGUGACGGUGAUGCUGGACCUGCGUCGAUUCGCCGAAGCAAUGAGGUCGGACCGACGCCGCCACCACCGUCGCCACCGCCAUCGCCACCGCCGUCGUCGACGGCGUCGUCGUCGUGGAGGCGAGCUGCCGCCGCCGCUGGCGACGAGCCGCAUCUGCUCUCGGCGCCGGUAUCGAUCUCAAGAAUGGCGCAGCCUCCGAGCGACGUCUGCAACCAGCAUGUGAGGCGUGAAAAAGCAGCGCCGCCGCCGUUCCGUGGAACUGGAAAUCGCGCACAACAGCAGCUGAAGGAUUCCAUCAAAAUGCUGACUGGACGACGUCAUCCUAAACUAGGUCAGAUCAAGAAGCAAGCGAAUGUUCCAAAAGAUCUCGAAUACAUCCUCCGUCAUCAUGGUCCUCGUCCGGCACCAAAGCGGCCUGUGUUCCCCAGGAAGCAAAUGUCAUCAAGAUUUGGGCCAUGCUUGCCGGUACAUGCACCAUGCAUUGAAAAGAAUACCACCAAGCGCUAUAAGGGGCCAAAAGCCAUGAUGGUCCCUCCCACAGGCAGACACCAUCUAUCCGUCUACAAACCAUGUCGUCCACCAAUGCCAUCGCUGACUCGUCCGCCGAGACCUUGCCAGAAUCAUCAAGAUGCUGUGAAAUGUUGGAAAUCGUUUGGUGAACGACGUCAGGAGCCGAAGCCGAAACGUUUCCAGCAUCAGCAUGGUGGUCAGAACGAUUGGUUCAUUCGACGUGGUCAAAUUAGAGCCGAAAAUCGGCGCAACUAAGCCAGCCAAAUACACACAAAAAUCUUAAUUUUUCUAUACAAGAUUCUUUUUCUAUGCUUUUUUUUCGUUGGAGGAUUUUCUGCGCCAUCGCGGCUGCUGUUCCCUCAAAGGGAAGCGUAAGACCGUGACUGACGCGAAGUCUGUGCACAUCAUCAUAGUAGAUUCCAUAACAAGCGCUAGAUUCGUCAUCCCUCCAAAAAACUGAUGAUUACUGAUUUUUUUGUAAUUUUUUCCGGUGAUAGAUUUGUUUUUUUCUCUCGGCAGUCUGGUUCGGGGCUUGGAAACUGGGUUGUCAGGUGCAAGAAUUCUGAAGAAAAAUACUUUUCCUAGCCAGCUUGGGUACACUCUGGGUAAUUCUUGCAGGUUCUGUCGCUGGUAUUUCUUUCGGGAAGACAAUCACUUCUAGCCAUUAAAUUCCAGAAUCUUGCAGCAGGGAAGUUAAAAGAUCUUAUCUUCCCAAUUCUCAACCCAAACAAAAAUUUCCGGGCCAGACCCGCCCACUUCUUCUUUUUCUUUUACGGUAUGAUUAUAUGUGUUGCCCUUGGUCCUAGACUACUUUGUUGUACAUAGUCCGUAGAGUUGCGCUAGAGUUCCUAGACCUGAAUUUGUGACGUUCAGCACGACCGCAUGCGCGAUUACGCGCGAGAGUGCGCGCAGUCCUUCCGCCCGAACCCACAUUGCUUUGCCUCUAUGAAUAGCUGAACGUGCCGUAUAUGGCUUCUUUGUCCCGCGGCGGGUUGUACAUCUAUCAGAUAUUGAUUUCAACUGAAGCAUGCCCGCGCGAAAGCGCUCAGCGCGCGCCCUAUUCCUGCCCGCCGCCUCCUCUGGCCCUACUCUCCCCAACCCCGAUCCCCCUAUCCUCUUGACUAAAGACUUUCUCCUUCUAAUCUCUACAUUUGUCUCGUCGUCUCCCCCGAUCCGGCCUCACCUCCUCGACCCUAAACGCCUCUCCGCGCCCCUACGAGGGGAAAAUAGAAUCCUAAGCCAAUGCCUCCUCAUCAUCCCCCGAUCAUCUCC